AUGGAUACGGAACCCAAGCUCCAACAAGCGUCGAGCACGCAGCGCGUCAUUAAGCCACGUGGAAAAUGGAGAAGCUCCGACAUUAGCGAAGGGAGUCACAUAACCGACAGCACCGCCGCCGGGUCCCAAAAAAUACUGGCCAACGCAUCCACGGCCGGCGUUGGGACUUCCACGCGCACCGACUUCGCCAUUACCAGCAGGAAACGCAACCGCGAUUUCCAUAGACACUUUGGGAGCGUCCCUAACUGUGACUACCUCAUCGACGAUUACAGCUGUGCUCUGCAAAAAGACAUUCUGACGCACGGCCGGCUGUACGUGUCACGGGGUAACAUCAGCUUCAGCAGCAAUAUCUUUGGUUGGGUUACGACCCUGGUGAUUAAAUUUGACGAACUUGAGUCCAUUGCGAAAAAAAGCACUGCCCUGAUCUUUAGAAACGGGCUCAUGAUCUCCACAGUUCAUGCCAAUUAUACCUUUGCAAGCUUCUCCAACAGAGACACGGCCUACGACCUCAUCGUCAACAUCUGGAACCUUGGGCAUCUAAGCUUGAAGAGCACGAUGAAUGGAGUCCGGGUGGAGGGUACUGGAGGUGACAAGACUGAACGGGUCGGCGGCAUCGAGGCUCCAGUUGUGGAGAACGAGUUCUCACCUGUUCCAUUCGAGUCCGGAGACGUCAGUGCUGAGUACAACAACGAAGGAGUCUUAUCUGACGAGGAGGAUGAGGAGGAUGAGGAGGGUCGAGCAAAGUCGGGGACGAAGUUCAGUGGCAUGGAGUCCGACGUGCAGCGCCCGGCUCGGAGGAAGGUGCCACCAAUGCCAACCACUGCCUUCAUGAGCGCGCUGCUCGUGGCCUUGCUGGUGGCUAUAUGUGUUCGGUGGGGAGCUAUUGGCGUGGCUAGAUGA